UCAUGGCGUCAUUCUGAAGACACAGGGGCCUAUGGGAGUUGCGCUACCUGUUUAAAUAUACCUUGGUGUACCCACAUCAGCUAAAGUCGCUAAAGUUGUGUAGCCGAACAGCUCACCAGUGAUGCAGUGCGGAAUUCGGGGUUGCGUGAAUGAGAAAGGCAAAGUAACGCCUGACUGUCGUAUGCACAAGGUUCCGCCGAAUGAGCCAGAAAGAAGCAAGUGGCUCGCUUUAAUUCGGCGUCAGGACACCAAGCCUGAUGUAUGCCUUCGAAUAUGUAGUCUGCACUUCAACGAGAGCGAUUAUCAAUCACCGCCGAGCGUCGUGAAAUCCGCCGGCCUCUGCUUUCGAUUGUAUCUGAAGCGCGGUGCUACGCCCUCGCAAAACUUACCAUGCGCUAGCCAACAAAGCAAGCGUCAGCGAUUACGCUCCAUCACGCGAACUGCUGACGAGGACGGAGCUAUAAAGACGCGAGAACAGACCUCUCAGCACGUCGUGUGUAUUCAGCCUGGCACUGCGGAGCCCGUAGAGAUUGUUGAGUUAUGUAUUCCGAGCACUUCAUCUACUGAUGAUAACCUAACAGUGGAGAGAGAGUCUGGAGUAAAUGUUGAACGUGUAUCAGCAACUGCAGAAUACUCAAAUAUUGGAAGUAGUGUGAUGGCAGACACCCCUGUUCAAAACUUGUGCUCCACAGAAAAAGCUGCUGCCGUUCCACAGGGUCAUCAAGCACCACAUAAGCCUGCUGCAACACAAACAUGGGAGCCCGCGAAAAGAACCGUUGGUGUGCAGACUGCUAAACUGAGGCAGCAUGUGAAGGGCUGUCAAGCCAAUCUUCAUGCAAGAACAAUGCGGAGCAGCAGAAUACAGACAGACCUCACAACGGACUCAUCAAACAAAAAGCAGCAUGCAAGUGCUCUUGUCCCGAUGGCCAUGAUUUGGGGGAAAGUAAGCCUUACAUCGGCAAUAAACCAGCAGGAAAUUUGCUUCUGUCUGCUUCGAUCCUGUUCAGUGGGUCUAGUCCCGUCUUGACACUGAGGCUGUUGGAGCUGAUGAAUGUCGAAGAUGGCUCCGCAGAAGUGUCUAGCCCUCGAACAAAAGGUAGCGCUCAUCCGCUCUGUGGAAAAAGGUGAGAAGCCCAAAUAUGUCAUCGCCAAGGAGUUCAACAUCCCAGCGGCAACGCUGUCGACAAUCAUGAAGAACAAGCAGGACGUCUUUGAUGGUUUCAAGAAGACUUUCUCAAGCAAGAGAAAGCGUGACCAAGGUUCGAAGUAUCCUGAGGUGUAAGCUGCACUACUUGAGAAGAACGGCAGGGCUGCGAACCUCCGUGUGCAUGGACCCACGCUCACCGCAAAGCCUGAGACGCUAGCGUUGCAAUUUGGCAUGCCGAGCUUCAAAUGUAGCAAUGAUUGGCUCGACUGCUUCAAAAAGUGGCAUGCUGUACGAAGCACUCCUGCCAGCGGUGAAAGUGGUGCCAUGAACCAGGAUACCGUGGAUACGUGGCGACAAAACCGGCUUGCAGAACUUCUGGGAGUGUACCCGGAGAGGGACAUCUACAAUCUUGACGAGGCUGCAUUGUUUUGUAAACUCCUUCCCAAGGGGACAUACACAACUGCGGACGGCUCUUCGUCAGGCGUCAAGCAAAGCAAGGAAUGCUUUACGGUCCUCUUCGGAGCCAAUGCUACCGGGGACGAAAAACUGCCGUUACUGAUACUGGACAAGGCAGAAAAGCCGCACUGCUUUCAUGGUGCAGCCCUGCCCAAGGACUGCGUCUAUAGAGGCAACAAGCAUGCUUGGAUGACAGCAGCCAUCUUCCAAGACUACGUGUGGCUUCUGGACCGCAAAUUCCCUGCAAGACAAUGGAAGGUAUUCGGAAAAGGAUGCUAGCAGCCAGCAAAGAGAAAAACUGCGAGGCUAUUUAACUGUGGGUGACGCCAGUGACCAACCACCUGUACCACCGCGUCACACACAGUGAAGGGCACCUUGUACGCAUCGUCUCAAUGUGGCAUAGCUUCAAUAACCAUGUUUCGAACAUUCAUCAUGGUCACCAGGGACCAUACUCACGGUGCCUUCAUCCCCCUCGAUGACAAAAAGCGAACAUGGCUCCUCCUGUGACUUCCAUCUUUCAUCGUUGGUUUAGAGUCUGCAUGGCAAUCCUGCACUUUAAUGAGAAUGCAUGCAAGCAGCAUGCCAUGACUGAGGAAGGAGAGUAUAGAUACAGGGUGAGGGCAUCCAAAAUCUACAAGCAGGAGCAUGUUGCACUGCCUAUCAAAGACUAACCAACAUAUUACUACUGUGAUGAGCUCAUGGAGCACUGCAUCAAGUUGUGCGACACAUAUCCAUCGUUUAAUGAUGCUUUCAAGGCUUGUCUCAGUUAUGACCCACCCUUCCUGACACAAACAAAUCCUGCACCAGACAACAAGGAGCUAAUUGCUGUGAAGGAGCACUGCUUGGGCCCUUACAGCUGAGAUGGGUGAUGACUUCAUGGAAGUGGAAGGAACAGGAGAAGAAGACAUCUGCAAUGGUCAUGACAGUUGUCCGUCAGGAAUCUACAGGUGGUGAGCACGUGUAAGGAAUUGACAUAUCUCAAUACAACUUAGACCUGCCUGUUGCACAUGAGAUGUGUGACUCUACGUACACACACAAGCUUCUGCAGCAUUUUGGGGAAAAUAUAGUGAUGGCAAGAUUACCUGUGUUGUACUGCCAGACCAUCUGCUAUCGGAGUUCCAUGUCUAAUUUAUUAUAUAUAAUAGCUGUUUGAGGCUAUUACAUAUUUAUUUGUGCCUGUGAGUUCCUGUAAAUGUGCUCUGCGGUGAUCAUACUGGACAGAGAGCUAUGCCUGUAUAAUAACAGUGAGUAAUGUUCUCCUGCCCAUAAACCUAUUCCUAGGAUACAUCCACACCCUUGGAAGUCACUGGAGAGGCGUGUUAGUUUAGCUCAAUUGGUAAGGGCCUUGGAUCGGUAAUACAGAAGAUGUGGGUUCAAGUCCUACUACUGGCUAACCUUUCCAGUGACUGCCUUCUUUCAUAAUUCAUUUCUUAGGCACUUGAUGCUUUGUAUGUAUUUGUGUUUUCUAUGUGUUCCAGUCUCAGAAAAUCAACUGCCAUGUUCACAAGAACUGGAAUAUGCCUCUGCAAUCUGGAACCCAUCCCAACAUCUCUUAAUCGAUAAAGUAGAAUUUGUACAGAACCGCACAGUUUGUUGCUCGUGAUUAUCAUCCUUUUUCCAGCGUCUCAGCCAUUAAAGCCAAACUCUUUCUUACUCCUUUGAUUACCAGAUGAAAGGUAUCAGGCCUGGCAUUCUUUCAUAAGUUAUAUAAUGGUCGCACUCCUCCCCACCUCACUUACUGUCAAUCCCCUCACAAGUUACUUCCAAGACUUGAUGACCCGCACAAAGUAUUUGCUCCACCUACACAAACAAAAAAAUUCCUCUACUCUCCGCACCAACUGAUGGUGUCAAACUGGAAUGACCUUCCUGCCCACAUGGCAUCAGAACAAAAUAUAUCGUCAUUUAUUUCCAAGUGCUAUGAUCGUUUUCAGAUCGAAUGAAUUCCUUUGUGGUGAGUGAACGAAUUUUGUGUACAUCAUUUUGGUAUUUGUCUUUUUUGGAUAAAAAACCUCCCCCUUUAUGUGAAUCCCUUCACAAGGGUCGUUAAAGUAAACAAAUGAAGUGAACUUCGUGAUACUUUCAUAGUUGGAGCAUUUCUAAUGCAUAUUUUAAAACAGUGGCUGCUAAAAAUGUGUCAGACACCAUUACGAAGGCUGCCGUCUGUAUCAGGUGAAUCAUGAUUUUUCCCAGAAGCCCAAUAAUGUAUGACGCUGCAUUACAUAUGCUAUUUUGGAGCAAUCUCUGCAGACAUAUUAUGAAGAUAUUAUCUGAGUGCCACA